CUAAACUCAGUCCAAAAGAAACUGCAACUUGGUGAUCCACUUGCAGUGUCCGCCGGCGUAAAACGUUUCUCUAAGAAAUCCUCAAAGCUCUUCCAAGUGGAUGGAUCUCUUUUCUAUAUUUAUAAAACCCUCCUUUUUUAUCUCUGUUGCAUAUAUUUCAACCUCUGCAGUCUGCCAUAUGCGUUUAAGUUUAACAUGACCUAUAAUCCAAACCCACAUUCAUUCUCUUAGCCACCAUGCCUUCCCCUCUGCAGCUCCAACGACCCCUCACAGCCACCACCACCAUUGGCCGCUGCCACCAUAAGCAAGCUCAGCCCACCACCCUGACUAAGUUUUUCCCUCUUCCUAGCGGUGUCUCGGUACCUGACACGGUUGCAACGUACCAUAUCCACACCCUUGGACCUAACCAGUGUUGUUCAGCUGUGGUUCAAGCCAUCGAAGCCCCUGUCGAAACGGUUUGGUCAGUGGUUCGUCGUUUUGAUAACCCUCAAGCUUACAAACACUUCCUCAAGAGCUGCAACGUCAUCGUCGGUGAUGGCAAAGUGGGCACUCUCCGUGAGGUCCAAGUGGUGUCCGGCCUGCCAGCGGCUUCCAGCACGGAGAGGCUAGAGAUCCUUGACGACGAACAUCACGUGCUUAGCUUUAGCGUGGUUGGAGGUGAUCAUCGGUUGAACAAUUACAGGUCUGUCACAACUCUACAUGCUUUUCCUAAUGGUAAUGGGACAGUUGUCGUCGAAUCAUUCAUCGUUGAUAUACCGCCCGGUAACACCAGAGAUGAUACGUGCAUUUUUGUUGAUACCAUUGUCCGUUGCAACCUUCAAUCUUUGGCUCAAAUGGCUGAAACUACGGCUAGAAGAGAAAAAUCAUCAUCCACAUAAUCAUUCAAAAAAAAAAAAAAAAAGUGCCAAAUCUCUUAAAUUUUUUCCUUUUUCGAUAUGGGAUCGAUCCUUGUCAACGAUGGAGUAACUGCUAAAGAAGCUCAUAUCGGGAAUUCAUAGAUCAAAUAGAGGACUUGAUGAAGUUGAGGUGAUCAUAUAUAUUACUAGUACCAAACGUUAUAUUUGUUUUUUUGCUUAUUUCUUCACCAUUUUCUUUUUGUGAAAAUUUGCCUGAUGUCCACAGUCAACUUUUUCUGUUCAUUUCUCUAUGUAAAUAUGAAUGUAUUUCUUUUUUUUUUUUAUACGUUUCAAUGGAGAAGGUUUUUUUUUUAUUAUUAUUUUAUUACGUUUGGUCAGUCAAAAAGUUGCAGUAAUCCAUGUGAAUUAUCUCUGGACUACCUUCUUGUA